CUGCAUUGUAACAGUUUCUGCUUCAUGAAUGACUUCACGUGGAUUAAUCACUCGCAUCUGAUAUUUUCAAUGUUUUCCAGAGUUCGAGCUCCUUCCACAGGUAUUUAACGUAUUUUAAAAGAAUAUCAUAUACCUGGAAUUCACUAAGCGAAGAUUUCAUUGUUGUGCACUGAUUUUAGCCCUAUUAAUGAGCUUUCGAUCCGAGAUGAAUAAAUGAAUUAAAUCCCAAUUUCAACCCAGGAGCAGAUGUUUUUACACGCUUUUUUUUUCACACAGUAUGAAAAGGCGGCAUGAGGGUCAAACAAAAUUGUACCAGUUCAAGAACUGCCGUUUACUGAGAGACAGUAAAUUAAUUGAAGAAGACCUUUGGGUGAGAGACGGCAAGAUUAUUGAUCCACGAGAUGUAUUUUGGGGAGGGAAAGUUCUCGCCGAUGUUCAAAUUGAUUGUAACAGUUUAAUCAUAAGCCCAGGAUUUAUUGAUCUCCAAAUAAAUGGUAAGUUCUCAUUUUGUCUACAUAACUUGAAACUGUUUUGCGAUUGAGAUGGUUGCAGCCUCUUGCAAAGGGGAUUAGGGAAAUGGUUGUGCUUUUGCUCCAUCUUGAAACCUAUCACGUUCAUGUUGUUUGAAGGGGGUUGGGUUUAUGUUUGUCCCUGUGGAGGCUGUAUAGGCACUUAACCUUUACACUCUAACGUCAGUAUUCAUAUUCUCCACACUGUUCUCUGUACAUUUACUGAGGUGCUGACAAGGAGAAUUUGUCUAACAAUCAAGAGUUUCUUCAGUUGAUGAUCAUUUCUUUUAUUCUCAUGACAUUAUAAUGUGUGAUUCAGUGGUGAUAUUGUAGAGAGAAAUUUGAUGCUGGUCACUCUUAGGUGUUUUAAGGUUUAGACUCCACAUUGACCUUGUAGGGUUCCUCAGAUCCCCAAGGUAGAAAGAGAAUCUUCCAGCAGACCAUGAUUUCUCUUACAGCUUGAUGGGGCUCUGCCUCUGCUUAUGUUUGUCUAUGUAUACAUAGGAGACAAUGAAGCCUUGUAUUUUCUUUAAUAUUUGUUACAUUCAAGGUGGAUUUGGAGUUGAUUUCUCUUCUGAUCCCGAUAAGUUGGAGGAAGGUUUGAAGACUGUUUCCAAGGGUUUGUUACAGCAUGGUGUGACAUCUUACUGUCCUACAAUUGUCACAUCAUCGCAAGCAAGUUACAAUGAGGUAAAUAAAAUCCUAUUAUGGAAUAGCAACAUGCACACUUAAAGGCCUGUCCUGUUAGAGCUUAUCAUGGUUUCUGUUGCAUGGAGUGACAGGAAAUAUUACAUGUUCUUGUAGUGUUGCUUUCUUCUCUAGGAAAAUCUAGCCAUAUCAGAAGCUAAUAAAUCCUUGACCCUUCAACUCCCAGAUCAAAUUUGUACUUCUCUUUACUGUCAACCAUACAAUUCUCAUGAUGUUCCUUCAGAGAAUUUAGUAUUGGAUCAACCAAUUAUCCCCUAAUUGAUAUUUCUCUUUAUUCUCAUCACUUAUCUGGUCAGUAUUUUAUUGAUAUUAUAAGGAGAAAUUCUGUCUUGGUCACUCAUGGGAGUUAAAGGGUUAAAAUGCUUUGUGGAACUUUCAUUUGUCCCCAGAUUUUGAAGAAGAUAAAACGAACCCCAGGUGGAGUUCAUGGUGCAGAAGUAUUAGGUGAGAAUUACCUAAUAAUGAUAACAAUAUCAAAAUGAUGAAACUGAUGGUUUUGAUAAAUAUCAUGAUGGUGAUAAUUUGACAAUGGAGAUGUAGAUGAUAAUGCAAUCAUUAUAGUUGUGCAGGGAAUGACAUUUAUGACAGCUGCGAUAAUGGUGAUGAUGAUGAUAAUCAUGAGGAUAGUGACUGUACACCUUGAGAUGGAACAGUAGUAGUGUGUUGACUAAAUCAGCAAUCCUUGUAUGAUUGUGGUCAUUUUGUAGUUAAUUCUAACACCAUGAUGAUCAUAGAUGAAUUAAAAGGGUUAAAGCAACUCAGUUGUUAAUCAUCAUAAUCGCAGGAGCCCAUUUGGAAGGUCCAUUCAUAAAUCCUGAAAUGAAAGGAGCUCACAAAGAACAUCUGAUGAGGCAGAUCAGCACCAAAGGAGCCCAAGAAAUUGAGGACUUUUAUAGUUCAUUAGAUCAUGUUAGCAUCAUAACAAUAGCUCCCGAACUGGCUGGGGAAAGUAUGGAGUCCAUACAACAGUUAGUAAAGAGGAACAUUGUGGUAUCAAUAGGUGAAUUUUAGAAACAACUUUUCCUGUUUUAUCAAUGGAAAAAAGAAUAUGACCUUGUAAUCUACCAGGCUGUGCAAUCAAGUAUAGGGGACCUGACUGCAUUUAAAAAGCCACUUGAUUAUUCUGACAGGCAGCUUUUAUUUUUUUGCUCUAGAUAGAGUACAUUAUUACUAUCUUAGGUGUUGCAAUCAUCUUAUAUUUUCUACCAAAAUUUUUAUUCUCCAAAAGUUUUCAUUUAAAGGAGGAAUCCACUGUCAGUACUGUGUUCAAUCAUUACUAACCAUUACUUGAAAUGUGGGAAAGGCUAAUAUCAGCAGACUGGACUGUGGAGGGGGGGUCAAAAGGUCCAGGUUUGAGUCCUUAGCAGGUCAUUUAUUGUGGUUUUGGGAAAGACGCUUAACUCACAGAGACCCUCUCCACCCAGGAGUAACAAUGGGUCCUGGCAAACUAUCAAGGAUACCUGAUAAAAUUCUUGGGGGUAGCAUUCAGUGCUAUGGAAACAAGGAUAUCAAACUGUGGCAGUAUGAGCCGUUAAUGCAUGCUUGAGAGCAGACUUUACCUUUACAUUUGUUGCUCAAAACAGUUGAGAUUUCCUAUCUUUGCAGGUCACUCAGCAGCAAACUUGUCCAUUGCAGAGAAAGCAGCAGACAAUGGUGCUACAUUUAUCACUCAUCUAUUCAAUGCCAUGUUGCCAGUAAGUAUUGUGUUAGCAGGUCAGAAGGUCAGAAGGUCAGAAGGUCAACAGACUUUACUCAAGCCAAUUAAAUGAAGAGCCCCUUAUUGAUCACAUAAAAUUUUCAGGGGGGUUGAACCUUCUGUCUUUAUGGAAAUCAAGGUGAAUUUGAGAAAAUUAAUAUACAAGGACAGUAGUCCCUUGAGUACUAUAAUUUGAUCUGAAACAGAACAAUAAAACCACAAUAAGGCAAAUUAGGUCUUUCAUCCUGUAUUUUAUUGUAAUAUACCAUGUAGAACCUAUGACUAUAACUUUUGGUUUUAGUUCCAUCACAGAGAUCCUGGUAUUGUUGGACUUCUCACAAGUUACGAUAUCCCUAAACCCAUAUUCUAUGGACUUAUAGCUGAUGGAAUUCAUACACAUCCAACAGCCACAAGAAUAGCACACAGAUCACAUCCUAAUGGUAUGGAAGAGUUCUGUAGCCUUACCAGUCUCCCACUUUGAAAAGGGGGUUAAUUUCUUAAGAAACUAUGGUGCUGUGUCAGUAGCACCCCAUUUACAGGUGUACUGGGGACCAAGGAGAGAAGAACAAAGAUCAUUAUUUUCCAGGAAAAACUUAUUCCUUGACUGUAAUGGCUUCUGUUGCAGUGAUGUUGUGAUUGGUUCUCAUACAAUUUUGAAAAGCAUAUCUUUCUGCGAAACCUGUAGGAAGCAUCCUUUUUUGAUGCAACUGAUGCAACUGAUGCAACUGAUGUCAAACUCCACCCAUGCAAUAAACUUGUUCUUGAGUACCUCACAUCAUUUGAUUUGUAAUAUACAUUAGAUCCUUCCCCUUUCUCUUUCAAACUUUCACAAACAAAAAAGCUUGUGCAUUUGGUAAUCUUGUUUUCUUUUUUUCUCAAACAGGACUUGUUUUAGUCACUGAUGCUAUUGCUGCCCUUGGACUUCCUCCAGGAUUACACAGGCUUGGCCCAAUGCAAGUCGAGAUAAAUCAUGAAAAAGCCACCUUAAAAGGAACUAACACACUUGCAGGAAGGUAUAGUCUAUAGACACUAUGCUACACCCUAUGGGAACCAAUUUCACUAGGACUAUUUGGGCACCUGGGCUGGGUGAGGAAGUCAGAACUCCCCCCCUCCCCCUUCACACUGAUUCCUGUUUAUCUGUGCCCUUUUUCUUUUUCCAUUAUUUCAUCUAAAGUAUUUUACACCUUUGCACUCUCUCCUCCAAUCAGCCCCUCCUCCCCUAGCACAAUUACUAGUUCCUUUCACAGUAAUACAAAACAAGAUAAUCCUCUUUGUAAUAAGUUAGAAUGCUCAUCCACCCUAACAUUAGCAUGCAUAUUCCCCAUACUGUUUUUAGUACAUUUCCUAAGGUGUUGACGAAGAUAAUUUGUUUAACAGUGGAGAGCUGAGCCAACGUGUAGCUGUACCCUCCUCCCCCCCGCGCGCAAGGUGAAACGGAAGCGAUCGAACUUUUACGCCAACCUGACACUAAUCUUAUAGCGGGGAGGGGAUGGUACGGCUACACGUAGGCUAUCGAGAGUAGCUAGCCUACGUGUAGCUGUACCCUCCCCCCGCAAGGUGAAACGAAUGCGAGGGAAUGUCCACGCAAACCUGACACUAAUCGUGUUCCGUGAGGUCACUCUAAUUUAUGCAAAACAAUGUCACUUGCUAAUAUUUUUUUACGAAGUGACACGUGUUAGCGUAAAGGUUAUCGAGAUAAACAACAACAUUGAAGUGAAUUUAUUUUUCCAUUUUUCUGGUAAAUUUGCAAUUUAGCGACCGAGUUCAAAUAUAUACGACCGAAUAAGUUCAAACGCGGUUUCUGCAUGAAAACAGGCACAAAAAAGUGAACAUAGUUUCGACCGGUUUUCUCAGUUGAUCUAAAGUAAGUUUUUAUUAAGAUAGUGCACCUAGUUUUCUGUGACGAAGAACAUAGUGACCGGUUCAUCUAGUAGUUACGAAAACGAAGACCUAAGACCAUCUACGAAAACGAAGAGCCAUUACGAAAACGAAAAGCCAUUACGAAAACGAAGACCCCCUGCGAAAACGAAGACUCAUUACGAAACCCCCCCACCUACGAAAACGAAGACCUAUCACGAAAACGAAGACAUAUUACUAAAACAAGUUCAAAAGAGGUUGGUAUUACCAUUGUGGACAAAGAUUAUGUUCAUGAGACACACUACGAAAACGAAGAUCCUUACAGAAAUCUUGAAUUCUGAAUUUGGCACGUCUGCAAUUUUAUCCGAAAUAUUUCAACAGUAGAGCCCCAUGAAGCCUUCAAUGGGACUACUUUAAAGCUAAAACGACUACUACUCUACUGUUGAUCUUCGUUUUCGUGGGGGGGGGGUCUUCGUUUUCGUAAUGGGCCUUCGUUUUCGUAGGGGGUCUUCGUUUUCGUGAUGGGUCUUCGUUUUCGUAGGGGGUCUUAGGUCUUCGUUUUCGGGGUCUUCGUUUUUGUAAGUACCUCUAGAGAAGAAAGGCGAUCGAUCACUGGCACUGCUUAAGAUAUUAAAAAUUUUCCAUAGCCAGUUGGUAACGAAACGGAGGCAGUGUUACCUUCGAAAAACAUAUCUAUGGCUUUCUGCUGUUCUUCUUGAAAUGUCUAUAUCCCAAAAGUCGCGCAAAUUUGCCUUGAAACUUCGUAGAUCGCUGUUUUCUGAAAAGUUGACCAUAUACGCGUUUUGUUCACUUGUUCGUUACUAUGAAAACAAAUUACCAAAUCUAGCUAAUCAGAAUUGACGAAAGAAUCGACAAAAAGGGGUUAACCGAAAAAAGGCACUAUAUUUUUAUUGCAAAAAGAGAAACGUCACCGAACAUGGGUAGUGUCAGGUUUGCGUAGACUUUGCCUCACCUCCGUUUCACCUUAGCGGGGAGGGGAUGGUACGGCUACACGUAGGCUAUCGAGAGCUUCUUUAAUUGAUGAACAUUUCCCCUGUUCCUGUGACCUUAAUAUUUGUUUCAAGUGUGACAUUGUAAGAAGAAAUUACACGCUAGUCACUCUUAUAGGUCAGAGGGUGGAAAGAACAAUGCACAAUCAUUGUGUUUGAUGAUCAAAGCUCUCCCUUUAUGACAAGGAAAGCUUUUCAAGGGUGUAAGUGACAUCUGAAGACCUUUCUAUGUCUGUUACUCACUAUGUGAACAACAUGAUAUUAAACGUGUUUAUUUUAGCAUUGCAUCAAUGGAUGUCUGCAUUCAGAGAUUCAGAAAAAUGUCAGGUGAGAACCUGUUGUCUUCUGUUUAGUGUAGGUAAUAAAACAUGAGUUCAAGUGCAAUUCGGUGGAAAUAAGCACAAGUAAAUUUUUCAAAGACAACAAAAUUGCACGAGACCGUUGGGCAGGUGAAAUUUGUAGUCUUUGAAAAAUUUAAAAGUGCUUAUUUACACCAAAUUAUACGUACAGGAAAUCAUGUUAUUACUUAUUUAUCAUUUAAAUGAAAAAAGCAUCACGAUAGUCAAGACAGACAGAAUUUUUAAAACACGUUUACACUAUUUGUAAUAUCCACCCUUUACACGUUUGCACUCAUGCUACAUGAAAAAUGGACUCGUUUUCAGCGUCAUUUUUUCGUGUGCGUUAUUAACCCGUUUACAGAAGUUCACAAUUUCCACUGUUUCAAUCAUUUGCUUGCUGGAUGAUGAAUUAAGCAAUACACUUUAAUCACCUCUAGGAAACAAAAAGUAUAAAACUCGCUGUGGCAGCAAAGUAUCAUUUCCAAGAAUUCCACAAUGGCAAAUUGUUUGAUUUUCCUUCAAAUUCUCAGAGUGAAAAUUAUGGGAAAAAAAAAAAAAAAAGCAGUUGGUGAGUAGAAUUUGUAUUUAAAUCUUGAGAGUGAAAGGUUAAAGGAAUCCUCUUCUUUCAAAAUGUUUCAGGCUGCAGCGCAGUGGAAGCACUUGAGGGUGCUACUCUACACCCUGCCCAGGUGCUGGGGAUUGAACAAAGGAAAGGCACCUUGAACUACAAAUCUGAUGCAGACUUAGUCUUCCUGGAUGAAGACCUCAAUGUGCAUGCUACAUUUAUUGCUGGUCAGCCAGUAUGGCUGCAGAAGGAAGGUUUAGUGACUGGUGUCGUGAAACUGAACUACAACAUGAUGGGGAGUAAAUCAAAAAAGUGUCACUCCUAGACUAGCUGGAUAAUCAUUCAGUACACAAUGGCAACAACCAACCACUAACUUAGAAUUUCUGGACUGAGCAUUCACAUCUAAGAUAAGUCCUUCAAAUUUGAACUCAACCCUUUGACAAAAUAAGCAAAUAAGCACUAUGAAUUUGCCACCAAAAUGUUAUAAAAAAUUGUUAAAAAUUGGUGUGAAACUGUUACCCAAAUCCUAACAAAUUGUUUUCCAAUUUUGAUUUUAUUAUUAGAAGAUCUAAAACUAUACUUAAAUGAAUUUGACAAAGUAUAUUUUUAAAAGAAAAGAUUAUUCUGAAAGCAGUUGCUCAGCAAAUAAUUUUGUAAAUAUUGUGGUCAAAAACAUGCAAUAUCCAGCCUCACUGCCAUCUUUCUAAGAUGUAGAGCUGGAUCAAUAGGCAUGAAAUCUGAUAAUUUUUAGUCCAUUCAGAGUGUGGUUAUAACAGCAUCUGAACUAUGGUGCUAACCCAACUGCCUUCCCAAACAGUAAUGUCUAAUAACUUAUUGAUUUCCAAAAUUGCACCCAAAAGAACAAAUGCCUUUCUGAAUUGCAUUCCUAAAAUGACUCUAAAUCUUACAAUGAUUCUGAAUCAUAUUCUCAAAUGCUGCAAAUGUAAUUAAUACACACAAAAAAGUUACACAACUAGCCACUGAAACGAAGAAUUACUUGUAAUUUUUCCCAACUUUCUGUAAAUUUAUAUUACAAAGGAAUAAUCAUUCUCAUUUAUUCCUAAUUUUUGUCUGUACCAUCUUAAUAAACAAAAAACUGUUCUCAUUUUAAUAAUUAAG